UUCCAUCCUCGUUCCCCUCCAAUCCAUCCACAACACAAGCUUUCAUCCACCUCCAUUUCCUCAUCUCUACGCUCAGCUCUCCGACCGUCAGUCGCGGCUGCACGUCCAUCGGAGGCAAUAGCCGGAAUCGGAGCUUAGCGUGUGCCUGCCCGUCUCUUCUGCUGCUCUCGCCGGUCCGAGGCAGCGGCCUGCAACCUGUAUUCUUCAAGCCAUCGUUCACUCAUCGGAUCACGCUACGCAUCACGUAUCAAAGCAUCUGCCUCACCCCAUUGCCAUCACCGGCGCGAUCACGGGUGCACACACAUUGCCGCUCCCUACGCGUCACGCGCCAAAUCCUGCACCUUAAGUGGGGCGUCAACAUCCGCCUCUUCCGGUGCUCUCCUCGCGCCCGCGCCCUCCCUCGCCCGCAGUCCGAGGCGCCCUAGCACUCACGCGCCACCCCGCCCGGCAUGAGCGCCGACACUGAGCCAGUCGCCGAGCCCCAUCGCAUACCAAGUAUGCCGCCUCCCGCCCAAGCGCCAGCAUCCGAGCCCGACGCCCUGGCCGGCACCAAGGCCGUGUCUGGCCUCGCGCCCGCCGCGUCACUAAGGCUGGCCGCGACGCGUCCUCCGAACCUCGCGCCGAUUGCCGACGCGUCUCCCGCGGCAACAAUAGUUGAGCUCGCGGACGACCCACCCAUGCACGCCAUGUCAGCGCCGCAGCCCAUCCCGGCGCCCAGAGCCAUCCCCGCCGCGCAGAGCCCAGUCCAGCCUUCGCCGGGCAGCUCAACGCCUCUCGGCUCGCCGCUGAACACGUCGCACCUGCGCAGCCGCUCGCCGCACUCCCCCUCCUCUCCCGGCUUCACGCCGUCCUCAGCCAGCUCGUCGCGCCCGCGCGGCCGCCCCACCUCGCAGCUCGUCGGCUCAAUCGGCGCGGCCAUCAACAGCAAGCCACGCAGCAACUCGUCGCUCACAUCAAACCGUCCUGCGCCCCCCAGCCCGGCGGGAUCGCGUCCCCAAUCGCAGGUGCUGGACAUCAGCCCGCGUGAGCUGUUUGUCGCGGCCGGCGCGGCGUCCGGCGCGCCAGCGCUCGCGCGCUCCUCCCCGUCGCCUGUGGGUCGUGAGCGCGCGGCAUCCACAUCCAGUGCCGUGUCGCAAGGCCGCCGCGUGCGCCCGCGCUCGACGCUGGGCACCAGCGUCUUGUCCGCAAGCGAGGGGCCCAAUUCGGACCCGACGACGCCAUACACUACGCCGUCGGCGGUAUUCGCGCGGCGCGGGGGAAGCUUCGACGCGCGCGCCGGCGGGUUCGACCUCAGCGCGGCGGUGGAGGAAGUGAAGGACGAGCUGGGCGACGAGUCGAGACCUUCCCGACAGGCAUCCCCACCACUCUCCACGUCUGACACGGCGGCGCCCGCCUCGCACGCCUCGCCCGCCGCACCCGCCUCGCCUCUCACGGGCAGCUUGGCGCACCUCGCGGCCAGCCUUGUACGGCGCGUAAUCGUACGCGACUUUGCGUUCCCCGAAGACGACGAGCGGUUCCUCGGCCUCGGCGCCCAACGGCCCCGGAGCAAUUGGGGCGAGGGCGAGCCUGAGCCCGAGCCGGCGCCCGUCCGCUCCAUGUUCUCGGGCGGGUGGGGAUUCCUGCGACGCGAAGACGACGACCCGGGCCGCGUUGAAGACAUGGGCGUCGAGCAAGACGCCGCAGACUAUUGGAGUGAGGCGGACGAGUUCGACGACUACUACCUCGCGGACGAGGAGCCGGACGGGCUGUACCGCGCCGCGUUCGCGUUCGAGCCCGAGGGCGUGAACGAGAUGGCGGUCGAGGUCGGCGACCUGCUCGACGUGCGCGGGCGCGGCGGCGGCGGCGACGGCUGGGUCGUUGCCACGCGCCUCGAUACUGGCGCAGAAGGGCUUGUGCCGGAGGGAUAUCUCGAACGCACGCAGGAGGAGGAGUAUCCCGCCGAGUGGGCGGUGGUGCGCGAUGUGCGUGCCAAGCUUGCCGCGGCGUGUGCGGAGAGCCUCGAGACGCGCGAGCUCAGCGCGUCCCCCGAGUCCACGGACGACGAGGAGAGGCUCAGGCACGUGCUCGAGAUGAAUGCGGGACACUAGCAUGUAUUGGUAUAGGUGUCGGUCUAGGGCGGGGGAAGGCGCCGGCUGCAGCCCUGCUGCAUGCGUAUGUUAGUUCAGCGUACAGCAUGGAGUGCAUGCCGCUAUGUAUGAGACGAUCAGUCACGGAGC